UGCAUGGUGUUGAUUAAUGAAAGGCUAUGAUAUUGUUUCUGGUCAAAAAAGGAAGCCCGAUGCCAAAUUGGCAAAUUAGCCCAAACAAAUCUCAAUCCUAAGUGCCGAUCUUUAUAGUGCGAGCUUGUAAAGUGAUUAGUUGUAUGAAAAUUUAAGUCGAGAGUGUGAGAGACCAUUCUCAGUUUAGGUCACAUUAGGCAUGCUGCAAGUUUCUGAGUUAUUUGAGCAUACUCACUGUUCAUAGUUGCGUAACAAAUUAAAAAUUGAUAGUCAGAUAAAAAAAUUGGAAAAAAAAAAAGAGCUCAAUACUGAGUAAGGGAUUGUGAUUCUCUCUCACUCUCUGAAGUCUAACAAUUAAGAAAUUCAAAUCGUUUAAGAGAAAGAGAUCCGGACCUUUAUUAUGUAUAAAAUGGAUCAAUAGGAACCGCAUAAUUCAAUUUAAGUGAUUCAGAUUUCUUGAUGCUUGCUUUAAACGGUGAGAUCCGGAGAGAGGAUCUCUCAAACUGACUCUCUGGUUGACAUACUUGUCCGCUUCUUUAACCACCAAAAAUUGAGCACAACGGAAAAAACUGUAAAAGCUGAAGCACGCAACACAGCACCAACACCUUUUCCCGGGUAUUGAGAUCAGUGAGCGUUUCCAAAUGGAAAUUUCAAGUUGCCGACUCAGUUGUGCUUAUUGUUAAGUUCAACUGAGGAGAGAAUGCUCCAUUUGACGAGACUAAAGAGAUCCAAUCAGCUUACUGAAAUUCCUCUAAACCUAAAAUUUUCUUUCAUUAACGCCUUUAAAUUGUCCACCCAAAUUCUACCGUCGUCAGAAACCAACAUUGAAAUUGAUACGAUCGCCAGAAUAAUUAACAACCAUGCUUAUCCUGAUCAACCACUUCACCCGACUCUUCUCCAGUACAUCCCACCACAAGUUCUUUCCACCAGUUUUGUGGAGAAUGUUCUUGGUCACCUUUUCGCAGCCCAUUCCAACGGUCUUAGCCUUGAGUUCUUCAAUUAUUCCCUCAAUCAUUCCCAGUUAUGUCCAAGCUCAGACGGUUUUGAAAAGAUGCUGCACAUCCUUACCAGGAUGCGUUAUUUUGAUAACGCUUGGGAGUUGAUGGCCAAAAUAAGCAGGAUGCACCCAUCCUUGCUUACCCUUAAGUCAAUGAGCAUCAUUCUGUCGAAAAUAGCAAAAUUUCAAUCGUAUGAAGAUGUCCCUGAAGCAUUUGAAAAACUGGAGAAUGAUAUUUUUGCUGGGAGGAAGUUUGGUACUGAUGAGUUCAACGUACUCCUUAUAGCAUUUUGCACCGAAAGGCAGAUGAAGGAGGCACGUUCAGUGUUCAUGAAGAUGCGUUCUCGCUUUUCACCCAACACCAAGACCAUGAAUAUCUUGCUCCUGGGGUUCAAGGAAUCAGGAGAUAUUACUGCAAUAGAACUCUUUUACCAUGAACUGGUUAAAAGAGGCUUUAAGCCAAACAGUGUAACUUAUAACAUCAGAAUCGACGCUUACUGUAAGAAAAGUUGCUUUGCUGACGGAUUGAGGCUUUUUGAAGGAAUGGAACAGGAAAACUUGUUGCCUACUUUAGAAACAAUCACUACACUGAUCCAUGGAGCAGGGGUUGCUCGAAAUCCAAUCAAGGCACGACAGUUAUUUGAUGAGAUUCGCUUGAGAAAUUUGCUUGCGGACAUUGGGGCUUACAAUGCUUUGAUGAGUUCACUUAUUAGAUCAAGAGAUCUGAAGUCGGCAGUCACCUUGAUGGAUGAGAUGAAAAAGAAUCAUAUUGAGCAUGAUGAUAUGACUUACCACACCAUCUUCUCUGGCUUGAUGAGGACAUAUGAUAUCGAAGGUGUUUCCAGACUAGAUCAUAAAAUGGUUGACAGAAGUUUUGUGCCCAAAACACGAACGGUGGUGAUGAUAAUGAAAUUUUUCUGUGUAAAUCAUCAGCUUGAUUCGGGUUUGCAUUUGUGGCAAUACCUAGUGGAGAAAGGAUAUUGUCCUCACGGUCAUGCAUUGGAUCUUCUGUUAACGGGAUUGUGCUCCUGCGGUAGGGUAAACAAAGCAUUUGAGUGCUCGACACAAAUGGUGGAGAGAGGGAGACGUAUGAGUGAAGCUUCAUUUCGGACAUUGGAAAGCUUUCUGGCUCAGGAAGGUGAGAUGGAGAAGCUGAGGAAGCUGAAGCAGAUGAUAAGGAAAUUGCAUAUCCUGUUGCCCCCUGUAAAAGGGCAUACGAUCGCUGAUCCUGCAUAGACAGACACAAAAUUGUAGGGACGUUCUUUGUUAUAAAUGGAUGAUCUCCAUGCUUUUUGUA